AUGGAGGGCAACCCUGUAAAUUCUGAAAAUACCCACAAUCUGGAUUUUAGGGUUACUGAUUUCCAUCAUCCCGCCAGUUCUCCUUCAUCGGAUAAUGAGGGAAUUGGGAGCCAAACAAAGAUUAGACCUGAAGAAUCUGAUACUGGGUUAGUUGGAAUAUUUGAGAAGGGGAACGAUGACAAGAAAGAAGAAACAAAAACUACUCACCAAAAGUUAGGGAAUUACUUUUAUUAUGACUCACCCCAUUAUGAAGAAACUGGGGUUUGGAUACCUGUUUCCGUUCCGCCCAUGAUAGAAAGCGAUCGUGAAGAGUGGGCAGAUAGAGGAAGUUUUCUUUCCAAUGGUGGUUAUUUUCCUGAAGGUGAUAUGGGGUGGAGUCAGUAUAUUGGAGAAGACAAGGAGUUGACGAUGUGGGAUGUGAUAGUAGAAAUGUUACUUGCUGCUCGUGGAAAAGUGAAUGCAAUUGCUUCUGGUGAUUUACAGGGGUGUGGGAUUUCGAGGUUAUCCAGCCAUUUACUUGAGCAAGCUUGGCAAGAGAUGGCUCAAACUCUCUCUGAGGCUAAUUUUGGUAACGUGAGUGAAAUUCUUGAAGCGGAGCCUCCUAAAUGGCUUCCUGAUAGCACUGCUUCUUCUUGUAUGCUUUGUGGUGUGCGGUUUCAUCCGAUUAUGUGCUCCAGGCAUCACUGCAGGUUCUGUGGAGGAAUAUUUUGUGGCGACUGUUCUAAAGGAAAGAGUUUGUUGCCAGUAAAGUUUCGGGUCGCAGAUCCCCAGCGAGUCUGUGAUGUAUGUUGUGUGCGACUUGAAUCUGUCCAGCCAUACUUGAUGGACAAAGUAAGCAAUGCUGCCCAGCUUCCAACGCAUGACCUGACAGACCUUAGCACUUUGAGAUCGUGGGCCAACUUUCCAUGGGGACAGACCAUGGAAUAUGAGAUUUAUAAGGCAGCAAACACAAUUCAAGGUUAUAAUAAGGUAGGCUAUUUGAAACCAGAGAAGUCAAUUCCAGAUGCCAUCCUACGACGAGCUAAAGGCCUUGCAAUAGUUACAGUUGUGAAAGUUGGGGUGAUGGUCACAUAUAAUAUUGGAACAGGACUUGUAAUUGCUCGCAGAGAAGAUGGUUCAUGGUCUCCACCUUCUGCCAUAUCUACACUUGGUGCAGGAUGGGGAGCUCAGGUUGGAGGUGAAUUGACCGAUUUCAUAAUUUUGUUGAGAACUACUGAGGCAGUCAAGACAUUUUGCAGCAAUACACAUCUGUCAUUAGGUGCUGGUGUAAGUGCAGCAGUUGGCAUCGCUGGACGAGCAUUUGAAGCUGAUUUACGAGCUGGUGAUAGUGGUUAUGCUGCUUGUUAUACAUACAGCUGCAGCAAAGGAGCAUUUGUUGGAUGUUCACUUGAAGGAAGUGUUGUCACUACCCGCUCAAAAGAGAAUUCCAGAUUCUAUGGGAGCCAGUCUAUAUCUGCAUCGGAUAUACUUCUUGGCUCAUUGCCGAGACCACCUGCCGCUGAAAUUCUGUACCGUGCGCUUGCAGACCUAUAUCAGAAGCUUGAUAGGUGA